UGUAACGGGAAGGUUACGUUUGUGUGCGUAAAAGGGAAACUUUGUAUGGACCCGAGGAUAUUCUGGGAUGUUUUACUGCUUCAGAUUGAAAAGCCGGACUCAUUAGGGAAAAAAAUACUAUUUUUUACUAUUUUAAAGCAACAGGGUAUUUUUUAAACAUUUUUUUUCCAGCUUAAAAUGAAUUUACAGUUUGACGGAUGAAAAUGCGCAAAGAGCGCGCAGCCGUCCACUGAGAGGACGCGUUCAGGGUCAGUCGCCACUUCAGAGCGACUUGUUAAAACUUUUUUUUUUUUUUCCCACUUCCCUCGAGCUAAAAAAACAAAACAAAACAAACAAACAGGUAUCAACAUGGCAGAGCACGAGAGCCUGGAGUAUGGGAAGGCGGAUUUCGUGCUUUUGGACAACGUGUCUCUGGAGGAGUUCAUGGCGAACCUAAAGCUCAGGUUCGAGAAGGGGAGGAUCUACAGCUACAUCGGGGAGGUGGUGGUGUCCGUCAACCCGUACCGCGCCAUGAACAUCUACGGCCGCGACGUGGUGGAGCAGUACAAGGGCCGCGAGCUGUACGAGAGGCCGCCGCACCUGUUCGCCAUCGCUGACGCUGCUUACAAAGCCAUGAAGAGGAGGAACAAAGACACGUGUAUCGUCAUCUCAGGAGAAAGUGGAGCAGGAAAGACAGAAGCCAGCAAGUACAUAAUGCAAUACAUCGCUGCUAUCACCAAUCCCAAUCAGAGGGCCGAGGUAGAACGGGUGAAAAACAUGCUGCUUAAAUCCAACUGUGUCCUGGAGGCCUUCGGGAACGCCAAGACCAACCGCAACGACAACUCCAGCCGCUUCGGCAAAUACAUGGACAUCAACUUUGACUUCAAGGGGGAUCCCAUCGGAGGCCACAUCAGCAACUACCUGCUGGAGAAGUCCAGAGUAAUUUUCCAGCAGGAAGGAGAGCGGAGCUUUCAUUCAUACUACCAGCUGCUCAGAGGAGCUCCAGACUCUCUGUUACGCUCUCUUCACAUCCAGAAGGAUCCGACCGCCUACAACUACAUCAAAGUCGGAGGUCAAAUCAAGUCUUCCAUCAACGAUGGCGCUGAUUUCAAAGCCGUGGCCGACGCCAUGAAAGUGAUCGGCUUCACGGGGGACGAGAUCCAGACUGUUUACAAGAUCCUGGCCACCAUCCUACAUCUGGGUAACCUGACGUUCGGGGUGGACGGCGAUGUGACCUUGAUAGAGAACAGAAAGCUGGUGUCGGUGAUCCGGGAUCUGCUGUCCACCAAAGAGGAAAACGUGGAGAAGGCGCUGCUCUACCGCACGGUGGCCACGGGCCGAGACGUCAUCGAGAAGCAGCACACGGCGCAAGAGGCCGGCUACGGACGGGACGCCCUCGCCAAGGCCAUGUACGAGAGGCUGUUCUGCUGGAUUGUUGGACGAAUCAAUGACAUCAUCGAGGUGAAAAACUACGACGCCAGAGUCCACGGGAAGAACACCGUCAUCGGGGUGCUGGACAUCUACGGGUUUGAGAUUUUCCAGAACAACAGCUUUGAACAGUUCUGCAUCAACUACUGUAACGAAAAGCUGCAGCAGCUCUUCAUCCAGCUGGUUCUGAAGCAGGAGCAGGAGGAGUACCAACGAGAAGGAAUCCCCUGGAAACAUAUUGAUUACUUCAACAACCAGAUCAUCGUGGAUUUGGUGGAGCAGCAGCAUAAAGGCAUCUUCUCUGUGCUGGACGAGGCCUGCAUGAAUGUGGGCAAAGUCACCGAUGAGGUUUUCCUCCAAGGACUCAAUAUGAAGCUGGCCAAACACGUCCACUACACCAGCCGCAAGCUCUCACCGACCGACAAGAGUUUGGAGUUCGACAGAGACUUCCGCCUCAGACACUACGCAGGAGAUGUGGUGUACUCGGUGGUGGGUUUCAUUGACAAGAACAAAGACACCCUGUUCCAGGAUUUCAAGAGGCUGCUGUACAACAGUUCUAACCCGGUACUGAAGGCGAUGUGGCCCGAGGGCAAACUGAGCAUCACCGAGGUCACCAAGCGUCCUCUAACAGCUGCGACGCUCUUCAAGAACUCCAUGAUCUCGUUAGUGGAGAACUUGGCCUCUAAGGAACCCUACUAUGUCCGCUGCAUCAAGCCCAACGACGUCAAGUCCCCUCUGCUGUUCGAGCAUGAGCGCUGCCGCCACCAGGUGGAGUACCUCGGGCUGCUGGAGAACGUCAGAGUGCGGCGUGCCGGCUUCGCCUACAGACAGACCUACCCUCGCUUCCUACAGAGAUACAAGAUGAUCUCAGAGUUCACGUGGCCGAACCAUGACUUGCCAUCGGACAAAGACGCGGUGAAGAAGCUCAUGCAUGGGUGUGGGUUUGACCACGACGUGGCCUACGGAAAAACCAAGGUCUUCAUCCGCACGCCACGCACGCUCUUCAGCCUGGAGGAGCAGCGGGUGGAGAUGGUCGGGAGAAUUGUCCUCUUCCUCCAGAAGGUGUGGAGGGGCACCAUAGCCAGAAUGCGAUACCGGCGGAUGAGAGCGGCCCUCGUCAUCCUGCAGGCCUACCGACGCUACAAGGUGAGAUCGUACGUCCGCGAGGUCAACCGCCGCUUCAAAAACGUCCGGUCCAUGAAGGACUACGGCCGGCAUGUGAAGUGGCCGACGCCCCCCAAAGUCCUACGCAAGUUCGAGGAGGCCCUCAGGAGCAUCUACAACCGGUGGUGGGCAUGGACGCUGAUCAAAGGCCUCUCUCCGGAGGAGGCCCUGCAGGUGAGGGCCAAGGUAGCCAGCCUGGAGGCUCUGAAGGGCCAGAGGGCCGACUUGGGGCUGCAGAGAGCCUGGGAAGGAAACUACCUGAAGCGAGACAGCCCUGAUUCGGCCUCGUCGUUCACACUGGUUUCCAGCGAGCUGCAGCGUAAAGACAAGUUCAUGAGGAUUUUGUUCUCCGGCAACGUUCGUAAGAUCAACCGAUUCCACAAGGCGGAGGACCGGGCUGUGCUCAUCACUGACCGCCACCUCUACAAGAUGGACCCCCUGAAGCAGUACAAACCCAUGAAGAGCAUCCCCCUCUACAACGUGACCGGAGUGAGCGUGUCCCCUGGGAAGGACCAGCUGGUUGUGUUCCACACCAAGGACAGCAGGGAUCUCGUGGUGUGCCUGCAGGGCAUGGUGCCCGCCAACGAGAGCCGCAUCGGGGAGCUGGUCGGCACCCUUCUCAGCCACUUCAAGAGUGAGAAGAGGAAGCUGCAGGUGAACAUCGCCAGUCCCAUCCAGUGCAGCAUGAACGGGAGGAAGUGCACGGUCAUCGUCGAGCCCAAGAUCAACCAAUCGCAGCCGGACUUCACCAAGAGCCGGUCUGGUUACAUCCUGGCUGUUCCUGGCAACUAAACCGGGCCAAAUGAAAGAAAAAAUAAUAAUAACAUUGACAGCUGAUUUCUAAACCAGGCCGGGAUAAUAAUGAUGAUGAUUCACUUCUUUUGCUGCAGAGCUGCUGACGAUGUGACGAUUCAGAUAGCAGCUCUGUAGGAGGAUUGUGCUAAUUAAAUCCUCAAAAUGCAAAGCCAUGCCAAAUUUGACCUGUUUUGUAGAUUUCUAUGCAAUGUUACUAUAAAAAAAAAAAAGGAAGUGUACAAUACGCCUACAUGCUAAACGGUGUUAGCUAAACAGGGUUGUUUUUUUGUUUAAAUGCACCAAAGUGGGGUUUCUUUCUUUUUUUAAAUCCAAAUUUCAAAUGAUUUGCUUUGUGCAAUAAUUACUUUAUGGUAGAUGCAAUAUUGUGGGAGUCAAGGUGACAGGAGAUUAUGCGCCAACUGUUCUCUGAACCUCUCGUGUUGCAUAAUAAGAAACAAAUCCAAAGGCUCUGCAGGAGUUUAUCAUCCGUGCAGCUCGCUGUGCAGGAGCCCGAUCAAAAGGGAAGCCUUGACACAUGAAGGAAGAUGAUAUUUAUGUAUGUAUGACUCAGAUUUUUUCAGAUACUCUAUUGAUUAUCUGCUCUAAAAUAGAAGAAAACACUUUUUUGUGAUAUGUAUUCAAAGGAAUAAUAACGUUAUUGUCCUUGAUUGAAGACUUACCUACCUAUGUGGUAAAUGAAAGAAAACGCAGCGUCCACUUUUGAGUUUGUGAAGUCUUUACAAUCACAUAUGAAAAAAACAGCGAAAAUGUGAUUCAGUGUUCAGUCGGUGUCUGAGGCACAAACUCCAAAUUCAUCGUUGGUCAAAAGAUGUUGAGCAGGAUGUGUUGAGCAUAUCCUGAACAUUACAACCUGCUUCAUGCAAAGAUAUAUUAAUUUAAAUCCUGCUUUGUAUACUCUCCUACUGCAAUGUUCGGACUUUAUAAUAUUCCAAUAUUGCUUAUAUAUAUAUUAAAGGUUAGAAUAUACGUCAUUUGACGGCACUUAUACUGCAUUUAGUAUAAAAAAGAACUUAAACUGAAUAACAGAAAACAAAUAUGUACACAUAUUUUGGAGUUCAUAUUCAACCUAAAAUGUAAAACUCUAGUGUCGUUUUGCAGGAAAGUGUUUCCGGCCAGUACUGUAUAAUCCCACGUGAGAUCCAGCCCCUGAACAUGGUCUCAUUUUGCUGUCUUUGUGUUGAGUGAAUAGCCUAAUGACUUGUAGUGAUCCUUCGGAGCAGACUUCCAUUUGACAAAUAUCCCCUUCAUUAGAGAGAAAGAGUGUGUGAGUAGGAGUGUGGGAGUGUUGAUUAGCUCUUUAUAGCUCUCCUCUUCUGGGCCCGACUAGUGGAGGAGUAAAGACAAAAGGGGUGUGAUGUGUGGAAUCAGACCGCCGUCCUGGUUUACCUCCCUGUAUAAUGACAGGAAUUACUUUCUUCUGGACUGUAAGAAGCCUCGAUUUUCAUCUGCUCUCGCUAAACUCCCCCUCGCUGUUCCCGAGCCAAAUCACACCAAUCAAACCAUCAGCACUCAGAGAUGCUUUGUUCUGUUUCCGGCAAGCUGUGAGAUGAUUGGGAAGUUUUUAGUCUUGUUUUCAUUCUUUGGCAAAGUGUUGGAACAUUACAAUAUGUUCUUUUUCCAGCCGUUGCAAAACGAAAAAUGUGUGGCAGCACAGACGCUCAUCAGAUGCCGAUUUCUGGCUUCAUACUGUGUGUUUAAUAUUAAUAUUAAACACUCAGAAUGGUGAGAUUGUUUGUCAACAUUGACAAAAAAGUCCUUUUUGCUUUAAAUUAUCAGGCGGCAACCUCCAGUUCUGAAAAGCGAAGCCAAUGCGGAAGUACUUUAAAGCUGCAUUCUCUCUACUGACCAGCAGGGGGCGACCCCUCUGGUUGUAUAGAAGUCUAUGAGAAAAUGACUCUACUUCUCACUUGAUUUGUUACCUCAGUGAACAUUGUAAAGACCAAGUGUCACGCUUCCACAGUCCAAAUAUGGUCACUUCUGUUGCAAAAAGCCAAAUUGGCGAUGGCCAAAAUCCAAGAUGGCGGCGGCUAAAAUGACGAACGCGAUGCUUUAAAACUGUAGUUCACAAACCAAUGGAUGACGCCAUGAUAACUACGUCAACUUCUUAUGUACAGUCUAUGAAGCAAUUACUUUAUCUACUAAUACAGAUCAUGUGAUAUGGUCAAAAGAUCGAAAAAAAGCAAAUUAACUAUUGCAUCUUUAAUUUGGAAGGAAUGGAUGUAAAGAUGGAUGUUUCUCUUUGUUUAAAGCUAAAAUAAACUCUGCUGCUUUACUUGAAUUUGCCUGAUAAUAGGGUCGUGACGAUCGCGUGACAGUAAAGGUCACAAAUUCUUAGGAUGAGGAGAGGAGAGCUGCGUCGCCUCCUUUCCCACGGAGACAUGGCUGUAUUGUCCCCGUGCAAAGACUGAUUAUAGAGCAUUUGACUUGGGGCUGAGGGAACGACAGACCAGGGUUACGAAUCGGAGCUCCCUUGGUGUCUGGCCUAGUUGAAGUCUUGUCGACUUUACUUCAACAGGAAGGGAAGAAAAAAAACAACUUGUUAGCAAUCACUUUAGCCACAGUAGCAUGGCUGGAGUCGUUAAUCUUAAUUAGUUUGCAAGUGCCCUUUGCUUUUUGAGGAAGCAAAUCUCCAUUCUACCUCGCAGCUUUGUGUUGGCUGACCUUGUCCCGUCGCUUUGAUGCAGAAAGGAGUUGUUUGGGGGAAACUGGUGCAUCCAAAGUGUGUGUUUAGGAAGUGACACUGGUAGCGUUAAUAGAUGGUUUUCUAAGGAGCUGAGGGGGAACGAGUGUGUGUAUGUGUGUGUGUGUGUGUGGUGUGUGUGUGUGGACUAUUACACUGCAGCUCUCCAUAUCCUUCAGCAUGGUAAUCUCCCACAGGGCUUCUCCUCUCCUCUCUGCUCUGCUAUUCACCGCUCAUCAUUAGGAUGGACUCCGUGUCACUUCUCACUUCAGCGCUUCUCUCUUUCCUUUUCUUGAGGCAAAAAUGGGGGGGUUGGUUGAACAAAGCCUCGCUUGGCCUCCUCUUAUUCUGUACUCCCGUGCUUUCUCUCCCUCCCUCCUCCUUUUCCACUUCCUUUCCUCUUGUCAGAUCACUUGGCUCCUCGCCCUGUUUGUCUGACUGUACCGUUCCUGCAGGGCAGUGAAGGCUUUUUUCAUUUUUUUGUUGUUGUUAUUUUCCUGCUUUCCUUCCUUGGCCCAGGAGGCGUGCAAAUAAAACAGUAAACUACACCAGCAACAAGACGCCAAGUCGAACAAUAGGAGUAUCACGCAGGAACAUAAUACAAAAAAGAUGAGACAAAGCUGAGUAUGUUAACCUCAGAUGUAAAUACUGUGGUUCUACAUCUUCAUUAUUGUCAACAAUUUCCCAUGAAUAGACCAAAACCAACAGUACGGUGUGUCACAAUUUGGAUACUUACGUUAGUCCAGUUCCAUGUAGUACACUGUGUACACUAAAUACUUGCAUACUAGGUGAAACUUUACAUGGUUGAAGUACGGAUGUUCAGUCUCUGGGUCUAACUUUCAAUGAGAGUAGCAUGAAAGCAGGGUGGAAUUAACUAGCCAGCCAGCUAACUAAGGGACAGAUGGCUAGUUAGCUAUCUUGCUAAUUCCACCAUGAUUUAUUCCUACACAUGUCACAGAAAAUUAGCCGAACAGCGGCCUUGUGGUCAGCGGCAGCACUGGGUCUAACUGUACCUGCGCUACUUUAGCUACCUAGCUAACUAGCUAGAGCUGUGUCUGCUCUCUUGAAAAACGUGUGUUGUCACCAUAACAGCUAACCAUAAUCGCCAUUUUCUUUUGUACUACUCAAAUGAAAGUUUCUCAGUUUGUUCUACACCUUUUCUAUUGGUAUGUUUGUCUCAAAUCAAACACUGCUGUUGUGCACUCGAUCAACGCCGGUAUCUAGCUAGCUUACUAGCCGUUAUCUUUUUCAGUACCAAAUUAAUACAGAUUGCUAAAUCAACCCAAUAAACAAUUCUGAUGUCUUCUAUCCGACAUACGAGAGGUGCUUUACGUUUGUUUUUGUGCGUUGUUCACCAGCGCAACUGCAACUGCUGCUGCAACCCUCCCUUCCGCUACGAAGCCAAGGUGGCAAUCGUUAACUAUCAUUAGUGUCCAGCGUUCCACACUCAACUCUUUUACCCUCAUGAGUACAGCAUCAGCAUACUCAUAGUGCAAUACAUUUUUGCAACACAGUUUGUGAAGUUGAGCUCAAACUCAACUUUCUAGCUUCUCUGACCUGCCUGUGGCACUCGGCACCACACUCACUGGUUCCUACUGAAGACAUGAAUCUUUAAAAACAGCUCGGUUGGCACAGAGGUAGAGCGAACAUCAGGCUUUGACAAACACAAUAUUUGUUAUCUUUCAAUGUUUUGUUUUUGGUGUUCAAACCCAAUCAGCGAAGAUUUAUUUUCCAUUAUAUUAAUCAUUAGCCUUACAGCGAGUGUAAAAAUGACAAGCUUUUCCCUAAUCACUCCUUUAUAAAUUGUCAUAAAAUAAAGUAAAAUAGGAAUGAUAAUACUAGGAGACUUGUGCCAUUGUGUUCUUCCCAUUCCUUUUCUAUUUUCCUCUAGUCUUCACAACAACACAUCAUUCUUUUAUCAAGCCCGUCCAUGUUAGCCAAAGGGUUACAAAUCUUCUUUUGCAUAAUUUAUUCCAUACUCUGUUGCUAAGCGCAAAAUCUGUACGUACACACCAUUAAUUCAGUAUGUGCCUAAUUUUAUAUUACCUUUAUAUUUUGCAUAUUUGUGAUUACAUAUCGUAAAUAUCCUGUAAUAUCCAAACCAAGUCCAAAAGGAAACUUCACUGUUGUAAUACUUAUUUUGUGCAAAUGUAUUCUGUAUCAAUGCAGAUUAUGCAUUCCACCAUGUUCCACGAUGAAAAAUAUUUCAUUAAUCAUUUUAUUAAUAAAUUUA